AUGUCAAUCAAGCAGUACACCACCUCUCUCUCUAUCGGCGUCCGCAACUACGACGCUUCCAAGGCGUUCUACACGGCCGUGCUGGCGCCGCUCGGCCUCAGGCUGGUCUACGACAGCGCGGCGGCCGCGCUGCCGCCGCAGGGGACCAAGGCGGGGGUCCGGGCGCGCACGCUCGGCUACGGCGUCGACAAGGCCCACGAGCUGCUCAACGUCUUUGAGUUCGGGGGCGCAGCGACGCCGCCCGGGCCCAGGCCCGGGGUCGAGUUCCACCCACAGGCGAUGGGGGCUGGCGGCUUGGACAACGGGCAGCCCGGCGGGAGGAAGCACUACGGCGGGGACUACUUUGCGGUGUUUGUCAUUGAUCCAGAUGGCUGGCGGUUGGAGGCGGUACAAAAAGGCAAGUAG